CAUACACGAUGCCCGAGUUAUCAGCAUACGAACUUGAGCGUGAAGCCAACAUCGCGCGCAACCGUGCACUCCUGCAGGAGCUUGAUCUCAAGGACGCUGUUACUCAACUCGGCAUUCCACCCAAACCCAAGCCUGCCCCCAGAACAAGGGCGAAGCCCAUUCAACCUGCGAAGAAGGUGAAACGAGAGCGUGAAGUUGUAGAAGCGCCUCGUAGGCAGAGUGCACGUCUCAAGAAGGAGGUCGUAGAUCCGAACGAAACUGCUGCCCAGAAGAAACAACGGGAGGCAGAACAAAAGACGAGGCGUCGUAUUGAGGAGCAAGAGCGCAUCGAGGCUGAGGAGAAAGCUCGUCUCGCAAAACGCCCCAGACAUCAGGAACUGGAUCUCACUACAUUAGGGGAUAAACUAGAGGACUCAGAAGUCAGCUCGCUCCGAUCGUCCCUUCAAGCUGUCACGAACCUCCCGCUCCCAAAGCGUACCGCAGCUGCGGAUGCAUUUGUAUUUCAUGAAGACCGGAAGAAUGAAGCUGAAGUCAAAGAAUUGAGAAAGAGGCUUCAGAAGCUGAGGAUAGUGUCUCGCGCCAAGGUGACUGAAGACAGAGUCUACAGCGCUGCCUACCACCCCGAGGCUACCAAGGAUUUAGUAUUCUUUGGUGACAAACAUGGUCAAAUUGGAAUUUGGGAUGCCAGAGCUCCCGCAGAUGAGGUUGAAGAUGAAGACGGCGACAUCUCUGCAGACCACAAUGAAGGCGGGAAAUAUUGGCGCCUCCAGUGUCACUGGCCUGCGUCUUCCAAAUCGUCAAUAUCAUCUAUAAAAUUCGACCCAGUUGACGCACAUAGUCUAUUUACGACCUCAUACGAUGGUACAAUACGCCGCUUGUCUUUCGUCUCGGGGAUUUCGCAAGAGAUAUUCUCUUCAGAUGAACACCUCAUCACAAGUAUAGACCUUCCGGUUGGUGGUAACGAAAUGUGGAUAUCCGACGCUUCCGGUGGCCUCACUCAUCUUGAUCUUCGAGAACCCAAGGACAAGGCCUGUUGGUAUGGCCUGUCGGGCGCGAAGAUUGGCACCGUUAGCAUCAACCCGACAAGUCCGCAUUUCUUGCUCACGGCGUCGAACAGCCGUUUAUUGAAGGUGUGGGACAGCAGGAAACUACAGAAAAUCACCUCAGCAACUGGGCCAUAUCAAUUCAGCCAAGAGGCCGUCGAAAAUCUGGUCGAGUCAAAGAAAGGCGAGGGUACUGUCCGCGGUGAAUUCGCUCAUGGAAAGUCGGUGAGCUCAGCAUACUGGGACCCGAGAGGGAGAGGUAUCGUCAGCACGAGCUAUGACGACACCAUAAGAUUAUGGGAUUUGGAUGCAACUAAGUACAGUUCAUCAACCAAUUUCCCCUCCUUCACACCGUUCAGCCGCAUAAGACACAACUGUCAGACAGGCAAAUGGGUGACUAUUCUUCGUGCGAUCUGGAAUCCCAACCCAGACGUAUUCCCCCACUUCACAAUCGGGAAUUUGAAUCAUUCUCUGGACAUAUACUCAUGCAAGGGUGACUUGAUUGCAAGACUCUCGGACAGUUGGAUCACUGCUACACAAGCUGUAACAUGUUCCCACCCAAGUGUUGUCGAAAGAUGUGCAACAGGAAACGCGAGUGGGCGUUGUGUACUCUGGGCACCACCAGAUGUAUAGUGACGGGUAUCUAGUUCACACCGUUGUAUGCUAUUUAUCCUAUUCUUAUAGCACCUGGGUCAUUCAAUCGUGAAUCGGGUCUUCCACUGCAAAUAGUGAAAAUCCCGCCCUCAGGGGAUGACGAAUACUGAGCGAACUUGCCCUUGAUAACCAUCUAGUUGAGCUUGCGCCAGGUGUCGACGAAUGGGGCAUGUAGUUGUGGAAGAAGGCGUGGAGUACGCGGUGAAUGAAGAGAAAUUUGUUGGCCUUCUAGGACUGCACAGCCUGCAAAUGAACAACAAAC